GUCUCAAAGUUUGUCUGCAGCAGUAGAGGGGAGUGGGCUUGUCGCGCGAGGACUUUUUUGGGAUGAGAUCUGCCUUCUUGCCUUCCUUUUGGAUGCACAGCCCGAUUUAACCCCUGCAUCUUCGGCCCGAGCCCAGCAGGCUUGUCCUCGCCGGGGAUUCACAGAUCUCCGAGGACACGGGUCGCGGAGCUCUCGGCGGGGCUCUCCCUGGUUCUUGCGCCAGUGCAUAAGUUCCACGCGCGCACACUCAAGCACUUACGGAAAGAGGCGUCUCGCCGGCCCGUGGCGGCUCUGAGAGGUUUCCUCCUGCCUCAGCAUCCCCGGCCCCGCGGGGCUCCCACCGCCAUGGAGGUGCUGGAAAGCGGGGAGCAGAGCGUCCUGCAAUGGGACCGCAAGCUGAGCGAGCUGUCAGAGCCCGGAGAGACCGAGGCCCUCAUGUACCACACGCACUUCUCAGAGCUCCUGGAUGAGUUUUCCCAGAACGUCCUGGGUCAGCUCCUGAAUGACCCCUUCCUCUCAGAGAAGAAUGUGUCAAUGGAGGUGGAGCCAUCUCCGACAUCACCAGCGCCUCUCAUCCAGGCUGAGCACAGCUACUCCCUGAGCGAGGAGCCCCGGGCUCAGUCACCGUUCACCCAUGCGGCUGCCAGCGAUGACUUCAAUGACGAGGAAGUGGAGAGUGAGAAGUGGUACCUGUCUGCAGACUUUCCUUCAGCCACCAUCAAGACAGAGCCAAUCACAGAGGAGCAACCCCCAGGACUUGUCCCCUCUGUCACUCUGACCAUCACAGCCGUUUCUACUCCCUUUGAGAAAGAAGAGUCUCCUCUGGAUAUGAAUGCUGGGGUGGAUUCCUCCUGCCAGACAAUUAUCCCUAAGAUUAAGUUGGAACCUCAUGAAGUGGAUCAGUUCUUAAACUUCUCUCAUAAGGAAGCUCCCGUGGAUCAACUGCACCUACCACCAACACCUCCCAGUAGCCACAGCAGCGACUCUGAGGGCAGCCUGAGCCCCAACCCACGCCUGCAUCCCUUCAGCCUGUCUCAGGCCCACAGCCCGGCCAGAGCCAUGCCCCGGGGCCCCUCUGCCUUGUCCACAUCUCCUCUCCUCACAGCUCCACAUAAGCUGCAGGGAUCUGGCCCACUGGUCCUGACAGAGGAAGAGAAGAGGACCUUGAUUGCUGAGGGCUAUCCUAUUCCUACCAAGCUGCCCCUGACAAAAUCUGAGGAGAAGGCCCUGAAGAAAAUCCGGAGGAAAAUCAAGAAUAAGAUUUCUGCCCAGGAAAGCAGGCGAAAGAAGAAAGAAUACAUGGACAGCCUGGAGAAAAAGGUGGAGUCUUGUUCAACUGAGAACUUGGAACUUCGGAAGAAGGUGGAGGUGUUGGAGAACACCAAUAGGACUCUCCUUCAGCAACUUCAGAAGCUUCAGGCUCUGGUGAUGGGGAAGGUCUCUCGAACCUGCAAGUUAGCCGGCACACAGACUGGCACCUGCCUCAUGGUCGCUGUGCUGUGCUUUGCUGUUGCGUUUGGCAGCUUCUUUCAAGGCUAUGGGCCCUAUCCCUCAGCCACCAAGAUGGCUCUGCCCAGCCAGCAUCGCCUGUCGGAGCCAUACACAGCCUCCGUGGUGAGAUCCAGGAACCUGCUAAUCUAUGAGGAACAUUCUCCCCUGGAGGAGUCGUCCAGCCCAGCCUCCGCCGGAGAGCUUGGGGGCUGGGACAGAGGCUCCUCCUUGCUCAGGGCGUCUGGACUGGAGGCCCUGCCAGAGGUGGAUCUUCCCCACUUCAUCAUCUCCAAUGAGACCAGCCUGGAGAAGUCAGUGCUGUUGGCGCUGCAGCAGCACCUGGUCAGCAGCAAACUGGAAGGGAAUGAAACGCUCCAAGUCGUGGAACUCGAGCGGCCAGUGAACGCCACCUUCUAGGGCGCUGCCUCCAGCCUUCUCUCUUCCUGACUCCAGCUGUGCACCCCCAGACUGUCUUGCCCAUAAGCUUCCCCGUCACCCCUGGACCUUGAGGAGGAUGUGGACUAGUGCUCGUGGCUUGGUAUGGGAGACCAGCCUAGGAGUUUCUUCUUGCCUGACCCUAUGGCUCUACAGAAAGGAGCUGGCAACCUCUCAUUCCUUUCUCUUACUGCCGCCAUAGGAGAGUAUUGUAGGGGUGAGGUAGGGGUGGGAGGAGCAGGCUUGCUUCCACUGGUAUCAAGAAGAUACUGCGUGAUCCUUCCCUGUGAGAUGUGACCCCGUCGAAGAAGAUUUGCAUGACUUAUGCUCAAUUGAGACCCCAGACUCUGGCCACAGAUAUGCCACCAGCACACCAGGGAGUGGCGAAGCACCGUCUGCUGACCUCCCUUGCUCACCAGGACUCCAGUGUGGCCCUGUCCCCACUGAGAGUGCCUGAAUGCCAUUCCAGCCUCUCUCUCCAUUCCUGGAACCCGCAUUGGAUGCCUGCACAGGCAGACAGGACUCCCACCAUAUUUUCAGGCCGCAAGUGCAAUUCCUGAAGGCGUCAGGCUCUUCUCCUCCAGGCCACCCUGCCCACUGUGUUGCUUGUAGGAUACCCCCCCCACACACACACACACUACACACACAGCCUGCAUCCCCACUGGACAGCCACUCUGUCUCCCUGGCCUCCCCUCCCGAUUUGUAAAUAGUAUUUAUUAGCUUGCUGAAGCUCCCUGCUGACCGUAGUAAAGAAAUCCCAUGACCCCUUCCAACAAGCAAAGUCUUCUGUUGGCCUUUGGAACAGGAGAGUCCCCAGGACCUGGGACACCACCACCCCCAGUCUUUUUAGCUGAUGCCUUAUUGUCUCCCUUUCCUUCCUUUUGAAAAUUGGAAACCUAUAAAAUAAUCGCCACUGGGAAAUCCCCUUAAGCAUGUGUCCCCUGUUGGAUGAAUCCAUGGGGAAUGAUGGAAUGCUGUCCUCUUGUUCAGGCUCCAGGCUCCAUGGCCACUCGCUUUCUCUCUGUGUGUUCCUGGGACAGAGAAGGGAAGCCCUGCCCCUGACAAUAGGCAUUGCUGACAACCUUGCUAGCUUGUCCUGCAUCCUGCCUGCUCUCCUCCUUCACCUCCCUCCUUUGCUUCUGCCCUCGCUCCACCUGCCUUAACUGGGGGGCGGGGGCUGGAGUUGGGGACAUUUUUCCACCUGCCUUAACUGGGGGGCGGGAGCUGGAGUUGGGGACAUUUUUCCACCUGCCUUAACUGGGGGGACUGGAGUUGGGGACAUUUGUGCACCCACAGUCAUACCUUUUACAGUCAGGUUUGGCUACUUUGCAGCUCACCCAAAGAGAUAUGACGAACCCUCAAACUCCUUUCCUUUUUUUUAUAUGAUUAAAUCGUAAAAUUUGUAGUUAAAAAAAUCCUUUUCUCUUUCAUACAAAUAAGAAAUGGAAAUUACUCUUUUAUUGUAUAAGGUAGAAGACUCUUUUUAAGUGUUUUCCUCCUAGCUUGUAAAAGAUUUUAUGUAAGAAAUGUGCUUACACUUUGUAUUUUAUUUUUAGCAGCAGCUGAAGGGCCUUUAGUUUUGGCCUCUCUCUCUCUUCUCUCUCUCUGUCUCUGUCUCUCUCUUUCUCUCUCUGUCUCAUUUUUUUCCUCUGUCAUCGGUGUGACUGUUUGAGGCUAUUUGAGAGAGAUUAUGUCCACACUGGUCCUUGCAUUCUAUGUCACAUACAGGAUUUGGUGUCAUGAGUGUUUGCUGCGGUGCUCCAUGAGCAGCUUCCUAUUUGGCCUGCCCAGGUUAUAAUAGGGAGUCCUCCCUCGGCACGUCCCUCCCUCCCAUGGUAGCUUCCCAGCCAACAGAUGGCUAAACUCACCUUGUAAUGUGUGAGACGCCCCUCAAGGCCACUGUGAUCCCGGCAGCCCUGCUGCCCACAGGGCUGUCACUGUCCCUUAAAUGCUCAGAUACCGGGACUGUACAGAGAGGAGGGUUGCUGGUGCCCUGCUUCUGUUUUCCUUGGUAUUCUGUCUUCCUUUGAUCUUCCUGGGCCUGGCCCAUCCUGUUCUUUACAAUACCAUAUGUUUAUACAUAGUAAACAUUUAAAAUGUCAUGCCCAUGAGAGCCUAAGAAGGGAGACAGAAACCAGGGUGAGGUAGUAUUUGUGUGGUGGGAAAGGUGGAGUUCGCAGUGAAGGGUAGAAGUUUGGUUUUAGACUGAUGUCUCUACAUCUGCUGAGCUGAGCCCUGGUUUGCGAUGUCCCUGGAGGUCCAGGGUGGAGACCCCGUUUGUGGAUGAGGAGGGAGAAGGAAAUGACUCGUCGUGUCUAGUUCUCUGACAACUUUAUUUCCUUCUCUACCCACUCUUGGAUGUCACUCUCUCCAGACAGCAAGGCCCUUUGUCUGCGGGAAAUUGGCCUUCCAGAAUAGAAUCUGUAACUAGAGACGUGGGACAUUAGCCAGAGGACUCAAACAGCCCUUUAAAGGAGCCCUCGGCAGCCAACACUGCCACUCUGUUGAGAAAAACUCGGCCUUCUGCCCUCUGCUGCCUGCUGGGUGACUAGAGGGGACUGAGCAGUGACCCCUCUGGGAUACUCAGUCAGGGGACCCCCAGUGGCAUAAGACAGGAGGGGUGGCUAAUAAUUAAUGGGUGUGUGCACACUUCGUGUUCAAAGUUUAAGUCUCGAAUAUUGGUCUUUUCCCCACCAGCUGAGCUGUUCCGUAGACCAGUCAAUAACUUCCGAAUAUCUCUGAAGGUUUUGAAUAGUGGCAGACUUUACACCUUAAAUUGAAAUUUCGAAAAUGCCUGAGACUGCUAGACCGUUAGAGGAGCCGGAACAAUCAGUCCGCUGGUUGUAUUUUUUAUCCUGUAAACAAUCCCCCCAACACACACACACACACACACACAUUAAGAUCACACACACACUCACACACACACACACACACACUCUCACACACACUCACACACACACACAUUAAGAUCACUUUAGUGAUGGAGAUGUCUUACAAAGAUUUAGAGAACAAGUCAUCUUUUUUCUGUAGACGAAACCCGAGUAACCCAGUUGCCCCCUCCCUCGGGUCUUUUCACGACUUCCAACUUCACACUGGGAAAUGGAUCUUGUAAAUGACAGGAGCCAGCACCGGGCAUUGAGGAAGAGCCUCUGAAGUGUCAGGACUCUGGAGUGUAGCGCACAGAAAGAGAGUGUUCUAUAAAAAUCCGACAGCUGAACUCAGUUGCUCCUUCCUGGCCCAAGGUGGGGGCGGGCUGGGAUCUGACAUCAGGCAAAAUUAGAUAACCUUUCGGUCCAUAGCAAGAAUGUGUGUGGGUUGGGAAAACAGCUUCAGGGCAGCAUCAUUUUUAAGCUGUUCAUGCCAGGUUAACAGAUAGCCCCCCUCAAUCAUCAGUUCUACUUGGGUGCCCCAUAGUGGCUAUGAAUCUCUGUCCCACACAGCGGGAAUACUGAACCAGUUCCUCUUCGUGCCGGUACAGAGCCCACGUCAUUAUUUUUACCAUGGAUGUUUCGUUAGCGUUCUUUCAAGCACUUCAUCCAUCCCAUGUGCCCAGGCCCAGGGAAAGCAACAAAACAGAAUCGAAGUAUCUCUGAGCCAGCUUCUGUGGACGUGCGUGCCUUGUGAGGUGUGUCUGUGAGCCCAGUGGAGGAAUAGAGACAUCUUGUCCCCCGCCUGAGGAGCAGACAUCUGCCUGACCCUGGCCAGCGUGGAGGCAUGGACAUGGGAGAGAUGCUUUUAGUUGCUAAUUUGUUUCCGCUGAGCCAAGUGUUUGAGAAACCUGGAUGAGAUCGGCACUUGCUUGCAGUCUGUUGGGACCUGUGGAGCCAUCAGUGGUGGGGUCUUAGCGAGAGCCACUUGAGGUGAAGCAGUUAGCACACGGGUGAUAGGAUAAGUUACACUCCGACCCCCAAAGGCAGGCGUGGAGAGAGCAGUGAAGCAGGGGCUGGAAGGAGCCAGACACAGAUUUCAGCUUCAUUCAUUCGUUCACUCAUUCAUUUGUUCACUCCUUAGACUUUGCAGUUUUACUAAGGAAGAGCAGGCUUUCUGAGACCUAGGAAAGGUUGGAGAAUAAGAGGGACUUGGAAAGCCAGUUUGUCGGUAGCCAUUCGGAAGACCCAAGUACUAAUGCUAGUCUCCUCUCCUCUCCUCUCCUCUCCUCUCCUCCCCUCCCCUCCCCUCCCCUCCCCUCCUCUCCUAGGUACUUAUGCCUCCAAUGUGCCUUGUAUCUGAACCCAGGACGGCAGGAAUCUCCUGUCCCUGGAAUGUGUCACUUAUUACCAUAUAGCAUUAGGUUGAAGUUGAGGAUGGGCACUUUCUCCAGAGGCUCAGAGAUUGUUCCCUAAAAGGAAGCCACUAUUAGAAUUGCCUGUCUGGGGGAAAGAAAUGGGGUUAUAUCCAUUAGGAAUAUGUAGACAGAGGUGCAAUCACCUUCAGAAGCAUGGCCAGGCAGGAUUAAAGGUAUUCUAAAUCCUCGCCACAGAGCGUUUUCUGGACGCAAAGGCACUAGGCCAUUUGAAGAUUAAUACUCCGUGCCUCUGGGCCAAGAGGUCAGCACUAUGCACUAGGGAGAAAAGCAUUAGCAGUUGUUUGUGGCAACAUAAAAUUCAGGACUGCCUUCCUUUGUCUUGGUUUCUAGAAGGAAGGAGGUAUUAUUGCCAGAGUAUUUACCGAGGUGUUGUGUAUUGUGCUCGGUAAGCUUGGAGCCUUUGAACCUGAUUGGAACAGAGAGCAAAGGUGGCUCAGCACCCUGAGAAGUGGAUGCCGCGGGAGGCAUGGUAGUUUGUGGAGUCCUUUCUGAGGUGCCUGGCUCUCUGGGCAGAAACGAUGCCAUCCCCUGCAGUGACCCUGCUGUGCAGUGCUCAGCUCUCCGCCUGUCUCUGAAGGGCCAUCUGCAGGGCUGGCGGCUGCCCUUCUCAUCCUGUCUUUGGAGAGCACAGCACACAGGCUUGGGUGAAGGGAACCCAGGGCUUCAGGCUCCUUUGCUCUGCUCUGUUUGUUGCUCAUCAGCAGGGUGACCAUGGGCCCUUUGGGCACAGCGUGGAGACUGUCCCUUUCAGAUAAAGCACACUGUGGGUCUCUGGCAAACACCAGCACUGGGACACCCUGUGGGUGACCCUCCCUACACGGAAGAGUGGUGCCCAGAUGGUAAUGUGGUUAUCGACUGGCUUUCCUUACCUAGUUUGGCAACUGACUUCUGCUCUCUUUUGAAACACUGAAUUCAGCAUUGUUUAAAUCCAAGCACAUUGCAAGUUUGUCACCUGACCUUUUGCACUGUUUUAUGGCUUCUUAUCCUUCAUCAUAGCUAAUAAAAUACCAAAAGAUAAAAAAAAAAUAAAAUGAAGCUUUGUAGUAUACUUGUACUUAGUUUGAAAAAAAUUGAAAUUGUAAUGCAUUUGUAUUUCCAUUUCUUGCAAAUAAAUAUUUUUCUUAGUCAAA